ACGCAGUUGCUCUCUUGUCACUGCUGCUCUUUGGCGGCGGUGAUGCUAUCCCGGAGCGCCUCGGCUGCCCUGGCCCCUGCCCACUGCCUCAUGCCCGGCCUGGGAUGGAUCUAGAGGAGGCCUUGCAGGUUGUCGGUGAGUUCGGCCCGUACCAGAAGCAAGCUGUAGUUGUCCUCGUUUUAACCCAGGUGUAUAUGGCCUGCCAAUCUAUGCUCAUUGUUCUGGUGGGCACUACUCCUCCGUACCAGCUCAGACAACUGGACAGCGCCACCCCCAGCCCUGAGGAGCACAGCCCACAAAUCGUCUUCACCGAGGACGUAGACAGUAUAGUGACUGAGUGGUUUUUGAUCAAGCAGCAGGCGUAUAAAGUGAGCCUUGCCGGAUCGCUGUUCUUUUUUGGGCUCUUGCUUGGUAAUGUAAUCUUUGGACCACUCUCUGAUAAAGUGGGCAGAAGGCCAGUGUAUUUGACAGGCCUGUUUUUUGAGGUGCUGUUCGGUUAUGUCACUGCUUUAGCUCCAAACUAUGAAGUGUUUGCGGCCUCUCGUCUCCUGGUCGGACUCAUGAAUGGGGGCAUCGGCCUCGUGUGCUUCGUCCUCACACAGGAAUAUGUGGGAAAGUCCUACUGGGCCAUGACUGGAACUUUAGCCAGUAUGACGUUUGCGGUGGGAAUCUCUCUGUUCGGAGCCCUGGGUUACCUCAUUCGCCCAUGGAGGAGUCUAGCUAUGGCGGCUAACUCUAUGGGUGUGCUCUUCUUCCUCCUUUCUGUUACCCUGCCUGAGUCUCCCCGCUGGCUAUAUUCCCAAGGCCGCAGAGAGGAGGCCGAAGAGGUGUUGCGCUACAUGGCUGUGAGGAACGGUAACCCUGCCAACCACCUGGUGCUGCAGCGGGUGGGAGCUGCCAGAGCGGGCCCCAGCGGAAGGCCGUCUGUGGGGGUGCUGCAGCUACUCCUUCAUCCAGUGCUACGUCUCAGGACCCUGGUGCUCAUGUAUGUCUGGUAUGCCUGCAGCCUGGUGUACUAUGGUCUGACGCUGGGAGCAGGAGAGACUUCAGGAAAUCGCUUUGUUAAUGUAGCUAUGUAUGGCCUGGUCGAGCUGCCCGCCUACCCGCUCUGCAUCUACUUCAUCAACAAACACUGGGCCGGGCGGAGGAAGAGCAUGGCCGGCUUCCUGGGUCUGGCUGGUUCGGCCUGUCUCCUCACAAUGUUCAUCCCUCAAAACACAGAGAUGCUUUUGAAUGUUACCUCUUUGGCGCUGCUGGGCAAACUCAUGGUCAGCGCUGCGUUCAAUAUCACCUAUGUCUACACCGCAGAGCUCUACCCAACAGUGAUCAGAAAUGCCGGUUUGGGAGUGUGUUCUAUGUCAUGUAGAUUUGGAGGGAUCCUUGCCCCGUUUGUUCCCUCUAUGCGCGCCCUGCACCAGUCCAUGCCCUUCACUGUGUUCUGCCUGAGUGGACUCACUGCUGGCUGCCUGGGCCUACUGCUGCCGGAGACUCUGAACCAGCCUGCAGCCGAGACCCUGGAGGAGCUGGAGAGACCCGCACCACACAGAGUACUGGAGAGCAAGCCUCUUUUGUAUGAAGACACAUUGUGAACAUCAUCAGGAGAAACGUCUGAAGCACAACUGAACAUUCCAUGGGGCUUUCAAAGGACGACAGCAUCUGUGGACGACUACGGAUGGACCGUACAACCAUGGCAUUCUGGUCCAUCAUAGUUCACGAGAAAACCAGUUUGAAAUACCUCUUUUUGAUACAUUUCCCUUAUAAUGGGAAGAAGAACUGUGGCAAAAUUGUGAAAAAUUUACCCAAACCAAUACGAGUUUCCACAUUCCUUACAUAUUAUGAUGAGUACAGUGGCCAUGUUAGGUCGAUCUUAGUUUAUCAGUGAUGGAUGUGCCAUUUUGCAUCUUACAGUGACCAUUUUAUGUUGUUUUUAUUCUUUUGAUACUUGUCUCUAUGAAGAUGGUAUUUAUCUGCCUAGAUGCUCCACAGUGUGGCAUUAAAUGUAUGUGUAGCUAGCUUUAUUUUCAUUCCAGCUAUUUUUAUUUUACAAAAAUGCCUCGAAAAAUAUUAAUUCUUGCGAGCAAGAUGCCUUUCCAAAGAUAUGACUUUUAACUAUCCAUGAAGAUGGAUAGGUUUAAUGCCAUACAGCGGGAUAUUCUAGGCGUGCCACUAACAUGACAUUGGAGGCUUGGACCCUCCAUCAGAAAGGUUACACAAUGCACCUUUAAGUUGACACAUUACAUUCUUCUUGAGGCUUGGUUAAAGUGCAUGUGACUUUAGGUUAGAAUACUCAUCUCUUUAAAACAGAGUUAACAUCUUUAUAUUUAAGAUUUUACUGAAAUCUUGCCUAGUUUUUUUUUUUUUUUUUUUUUUCCCCAAGUGUCAUUUUAGUGAAGUUUAUCAUUUUACUUCUUAGUUGGACACGGGGAGCACAUAUCACAUAUGUAGAGGUAUGUUACCUAGCAACCAUAAUGUUGACAAGGAACAGAGCGUGUCUAAAUGACACAGUAGUAAUGAUUAAACUAAAAAAAUGACAACACCUUUAUUUUGUUAAAGGUAGGUUCAUACUGUCAGAAAAAUGUGAGCAAACUGUCUCUGUAUUUUGGAUGAGUUGGUGACAGCUGAUGUAGAAGGAUUCUGUUUUAGACCUCACAGCUGUAUUUUACAACUUUUUGUUUUCUAAAUUUCUAAACUACCACUUAGGUGCUGUAAAGGGAUAAAUAUUUACCACAGGGACUAUCACACCAAACCAAGUCAUAAUAAAAAAAUCUAUAUAUGCAUCUGUCCAAUGCACUUUAAAUUAUGACUUGAUUUCACUGUUUGUAGAAAGCUGUAUUUGUUGUAGUGUUUUAAUUGGCUCUGUGCACAAUAGCACCCGGAAACCUCACUGUUAGCGUCACUGCUUCCUGUACAGUUUUACCUCUAUGAGGUUUUUGCUGAGUCACGAUCAAAUUAAUAAAUAUUUAAAGGUCAAACAGUGGAUGGGGAGCUGCAGGUGGAUGUACCUGACAACAUGUUAAACACUACACAAAUAAAAUGAAUACUUCACCCGAGGCACUUCUGUGUUUAGAAAGAGACAUGUUAGUGUCUCAAUGCUAAUGCUCAUUUUGAGGCAUAAUAAAUAUUAAAACACUGAUGUAUUUGAGACAGUGCGCUACCUAGUGUGCUAUUGUGCAGUCUACUCUUUUUUUUUUUUUUUUUUUAAUAACUGAAUGCUUCUUUGUCUGAUAUACAGUACUGCAUUAUGUACUUUAAAUACCAUCCACAAUUACAUUUCCUAAUUUCCUAAAAUGGACACCACAUAGUGCUGUUUUGAAUCUAAGACUGAAAACUCCACUUUGCACCUUAUCCUUCUAGACCAAUGGGACUGAAGCCCGGUCUGUACUAAAGCUGCCUCUUGUGCCUUCUAAGACAUGAACACGUAAUAUUUCCAGUGUUUAAGAGUAAUUUAAAGUUUUAUUCUCAUUUUGACUGUACUGUCACGUGUAAAAUGUAUGUUGUGAAUAGAAUUGUACAUUGUCUAAUUAUUUGUCUGUGUUAAAGGAGAAUUUUAGC